CCACACCUUCAGAUGCUCUCGUUUCGCUGGCUGCGCCCUCAAUUUACCCCAUAUGUCUCUUGACCUCUUCCACAGUUUCCACAGCAGCAAUGACAGAUAGAGAAAAAUCAAUUUCGCAAAGAAUUGAGGCAGACAACUUUUCGAGGUCGAUUUAAGAUGUGAAAAUAAUCUUUAAACUAGGAAUUCACCUCUAAAAUUAUUAUCCGUGACCGCGUAUGGUGGUUGAAUACCGUCGAAACCAAUAGUAUGGAAGUGCGAGUAAGUUGGAAUCGCAUAUUAUUUUAACAAUUUUCCCACCCACACUAGAUUAAGAAUUUGAAACGGGUUGUACAGACGAGUUUUAAUCAUACAUUUAGCGCUACCGUCAAACAGAACAACAAUCUUGAUUAAACGAUGGUCACUAAGAAGUCAGUUGAUACAGAGAAAGAACGUUUAACAAACAAAAUGUGUUCAAACAGCAGUGUAAGUGGAACAUGGUGCGGUGGUGGUACGGGUCCAUUAGUCAGCUUUAGUGCUGGAACCACUCAUCAUUCAGCCCAUAGUCAGGAUGCACCUAAUAUUUUGGUUUACAAGAAAAUGGAAGCUAUUAUUGAAAAAAUGCAAGCCGAAGGAUCGGGAGUAUCCGUUCGCACGGUGAAGGCUUUCAUGAGUAAAGUUCCUUCGGUAUUUACGGGAGCUGAUUUGGUAACAUGGAUCACACAGAACCUAACUGUCGAUGAUGUGACCGAAGCUCUUCAUCUAGCGCAUCUGCUCGCCUCGCAUGGCUACUUGUUUCCUAUCGACGAUCAUCAACUGACGGUAAAGAAUGACGGAACAUUCUAUCGCUUUCAGACGCCAUACUUUUGGCCCUCGAACUUCUGGGAGCCAGAAAACACAGACUAUGCAAUCUACCUAUGUAAACGAACUAUGCAAAAUAAAACUCGGCUCGAGUUGGCCGAUUACGAAGCCGAAAAUUUGGCCAAGCUACAGAAAAUGUUCUCUCGUAAAUGGGAGUUCAUUUUCAUGCAAGCCGAAGCUCAAAGUAAGGUGGACAAAAAACGAGACAAACUGGAACGCAAAGUGUUAGACUCGCAGGAACGCGCCUUCUGGGAUGUGCACCGUCCAAUGCCCGGUUGUGUCAAUACGACCGAAAUGGACAUCAAGAAGGCCUACCGUCGGGGAGCAUCCAGUCUAGGUUCGGGCUCAGCGGGUUCAGCUGCCAAGAGCAAUCCCGCUGAGACGAUGACCAAGACAAUCAAUCUACUUAAACAAAAACUAGACCGGAGAACUAUCAAGGUGUCCAAGGCAGCAGAAUCAUACAUUUCCUACUACGAACAGUACAGUGAGUUCGACUACUUUCUAAAUGCUCCAGAGUAUCCUAAUCCGUGGCAGUCGGACAGCACUGAAUUAUGGGAUGCUGAGAAACAAGGGAAAGAUAUCCCGAUGAAGCGUGUUAAACGUUGGGGAUUUAGCUUACGGGAACUUCUGAACGAUCCUGUUGGGCGUGAACAAUUCACGAAAUUUCUCGAUAAGGAAUUCAGUGGUGAGAAUUUGAAAUUCUGGGAGGCGAUCCAGGAUAUGAAGACCCAACCACAGUCACAGAUCAAGGAAGCAGCCAAUGCGAUCUGGAAUGAAUAUUUAGCACCAGACGCGGCCUGUCCGGUAAACAUCGACUCCAAAUCACUUGAGAUAUCCCGAGAAGCCAUAAAGGGUGGUACGAUUAAUCAAAGCCGCUGGUGUUUCGAUGUGGCCGCCGACCACGUGUUUUAUUUGAUGAAAACCGAUUCGUAUUCACGAUAUCUGCGCUCCGACAUGUACAAGGAGUACCUAAAUGGUUCCAAGAAGAAGACAUCCGUGCGAGGACUUCGAAUAUUCUCCGGCAGAAAAGAUACCCCUGUGAUAAACUAAAGCACAUGCAUGGCUGUGUGAGCUUCACGAUGCAAAAAUAAGAGGAAGAAUAGGUAAUAAAAAAUCGUUGGAUGAAAAUAAUAGACUAAUUUAAAACAUCAGACAAACAUACAACAUUGUUCGAAACAAUUAAAAUCAGCUGAAGUAGAUAAAUGUGCUUUAGAGAAGAGUAAAAUUGAACCUAUUUAGAUGCCACCAGAAUCUGACAGAUGAACAAGCAUUAGUUUUUUUAUCGUGACGUCACAAAUGAACAAGCAUUCAACCUUGACAGUUCAGCGGUACUUUUAACGAACAAGCUUAUCAAAAUUCGAGGAGCACAUUUCAAACAAUUAUCUUCUGUUCUUCUUUAAUUAAUAAAUCUUAAAAACAAACCGAAUCGAAUUGUCAACAAAUGAUUUUAAACUCUGUUUAGGCACAUCCGUCUGUCAACAAACAAACAAAAAACUAUUUACAAACAGUACUACUGAACUGUCAAAAUAUGUUCAUCCGAUUCAGGUUAGCAGUGACGGUAAAAACUUACUAAUAAUAGUCAGAAUGAAUGCAUGUAGAGUAAUGACAGCUGUCCAUUUAGAAGAAAUAUUUCCUGUCACUGUCAUUUCUAACCAACAAAUGAACCGUCAUAUCCAAUAUGAGAUUCAAAAACUUCUGCACCACCUGCAGUAGUCUUGCUGCGUUGCAAACAUUGUUUUUUUUUGCAUUUGGGUGAGAUGUCGUUACUUCACUGACAUACACUUUGAUUAUUGAUGAUUGGAUUCAUCACUGAGUUAUUAGUGAUCCACCAACUAGAGAUCAGCGGAGACAUUGUUAUGAUUCCAAUUAAACUGUCAGCGGUUCCAAUCAGCUUGUUUAUAAUUGCUUUGUUGCCCAUAGUUCACCAUUAGUAAGGGGACAGAGCUCUGGUUGUAGGAUCACUGAGUUACAAUACGAAGCCGAUAGUUAGCUACACCGGUUUAACUGUCAGAAAAAUACUAACGGUAUGAAUAGCGAUAGGCGUAUACACUCUAUAGCAGCUUGACAGAUAUAACAAUGAGAUUAGAAGUUACCAGAGUUAAUACCACAUGUUACAACUAUCUAUAGGCAGUGAAUGUAAGCUCUAAGCGAAACAUGUUAUGAAUUCACCAGCGGUAACCCACCAUUACUCGAACAAAUAGUGAGAUUUUAAAGUUUGGAUAACAAGUUUUUAAAAAGACUAACCGACAAAACUAUAAAUUGACAGUUCAAUUGCUCUACCGUUUAUCUGAAUACGUAUCUACUCUAAAAAAUAUCAGCCCCGAUUGGUGCGAAACUACUGGAACAAUCUUAAGCAAGUCGUCAUGUCUUUUCUUCAGCAUUUCAAUGAUAUAAGCAAACAAUCAAAAUCAUAAUGGAUUGAUGAAUAGAGCAGACAACACCUACUUUUUUUUUAUUGCUGAAGUCACUAAAGAUAUCUCGAGUAGAUCAAAAAUCACUAGAAGAAAGGAGUAAAAUUAGACUGUUAUAAUUUUUUUUAAACUUUCACUAAAAAUUGUAAUAUAAUGCAUCUGUCGGUUAUGGUGUCCUUUGAUUUAACAGCAAUUGAUUACAUAUAACUGAUGUCUGGACUAGAAUAACUAUUUUUCGAAAGUGCAUUAAUCUCUUUUGUUGGCAAACAGUGUAUUACUUCCGCCAUCUACCCCUCUGUUAGCUUAAUGUGUUCCGAUUGAUCAGUAAAUAGUAAAUGUUAUGCAGACCAACGUUGCCAGGUAUACCGAUUACGGAAUGUCGGAAGGUGGUGGUGCAACCAUAAAGCAAAUAAACCUAGUGGCCCAAUUAAUUUUUUUAAUGCAUUAUAACCCGAUCAUGGGCGAGUACAGGUUUAAAUUUAAUCUUUCGAUUUGAUGAAGGCAAAAAUGAACCCACGAUCUGUAUCUAGAAGAGGUGGAAAUGUUUACAAUAUUUUUGAUAUAUGUUACAUUAUAUUUUGUUUAUAUUUGUCCUGCAAGCAUAAACAAAUGAAUUGCUUUAGAUGGAUUCUUCUGAACAUUAAUUAGUUACAAUUGACAGAGUUUAAAAAUAUUUGUAUACGUUAACUUUACCUUUUUUCGAUCUCCAUUUUAUUACACCAUAUUUUUCUGAAGAACGAAAUUUGAACGAUUCUAAUAAAUAAUGUUUUUCAUUGUCUCAAAAAAAUUAAUAAUUCUCGAGCUCGCAAAUAUUCGUUAACAUGUUUUAUUUUUAUUUGCAUUGUGAGCUCAAUAAUUUUCAUCGACACCAUUUCGAUUAUUAACCAUUCGACAAUGUGUUCCGUCCAUCACAACUGUCUAAGUUUGAUUAAAUUCUGAAUAACGGGAUUAUCAAUGUUACUAGACAGUUUCUUAGUACUCGCAUUGAGAAAAAAACUUCCAAAUACUGAUAAUCCAUUUUGAGCAUUACACAUGCUUCUUAGUCGUCAUUCUAUCGUUUUCUUCGCUAAUAGAUCUUCCCAAGAAAUUUUCUUAUCACGCACACAAGACGUAAGACUUUGAUAUUAGUCCAUGUCCAUAAUGUGGUCUAUAAAAGACGUGGUGUUCUUAGACAUAUAUUUAAUGGAUUAGACAGUAGUAAUUAUACUUACCUAUUUCGUCCAUGGCUGCUCGUCGCCAGCUACUCAUGGUACAUGUAUAUUUUGUAGAUCGCCCUAUAUUUGAUCGAUCCACAUUACUCGUUGCGCUCCUCUUCUUCUUGUUCCAACCAGAUCCACUAGGCUAUCGUUCGGCAUCCUAACGACAUGCCCAGCAUAUUGUAGCAGUCCACUUUUAGCUGUGAGUACGAUAAGUGAUUCUCAAGGCAGCUGUACGCUAUCUAUAUGUUUCGUUGUCCAGACGAAUUCCACCAUAGAUGGUUCACAUCACCUUUUUUCGUAGACACUACGAGCGUGUUGAUCCAUAACCAAUACAGUCCGGGUCUCAUGAACAUAGAAAACUACCGGUUAAUGAGCAUUUUGUAGAUGGUCAAUUUCCUGGCGGUGACGUUCUUUUCGAGUUCUUUUGCAGUCUAUCGAUAUUCGUGGUGGGAGGAGUAAUGUUUCUUCUCUACAGUUUGUAACUCUCAUGUAAUUUGUCUCCAACGCAUUUAUAGCCAGUCCGAUCCGCCUAGCUUUUUGGCGUUUAGUCUGAUGUAUAUUUCUAUCAUUAUCUUAAAGCUACGUGUCACAAUAUCAACAUUGUUAGCGAUGCCAAAAAGCUGUACAUACCUUAUGAUCAAAAAAGAACCGGAAUUUUCAUUUAAAAAUACCCGCGCUUGUCCAAUCGGUAAACUUUUAUUCUCUCAACGUUGGCAAUACUUUUAUACACAUUCUGUCAAAUUUUGACGCAUAUCGCACGAUUAGUUUUUGUUUAGCGUCUAUACAAAGAAGUUGAAAAAUUUUCGUGUGGCGAUUAUUAUAAUGGAUGAAAAUUUAGAACAACGUGCGUGCAUCAAAUUUUGUGUUGCAAAUGGAUUUAAGUCUUCCGAAACGUUGAAAAUGUUAGAAAAGGCCUUUGGUGAAUUGUGUCUAGGGAAAACACAGGCAUACGAGUGGUAUAAACGUUUCAAAGGUGGUCGUACAAGCUUGGAUCAUGCUGAGAUCCCUGGCUGCCCAACAACAUCUGUUACUGAAGAAAACAUUGAAUCGGCGAAGCAAAUCGUGUUGCAAAAUCGUUCUGUACCGAUUAGAGAGAAUGCUGUGUUGUUGGGCAUCUCUUAUGGAUCAGCCGAACACAUUUUAACUGAUGUUUUGGGUUCUAAACGCGUCGCUUCUCGGCUGGUGCCAAAAAAGCUGAAUUUCAUUCAAAAACAGCGUCGUGUUGAUGUGGCCAAAGAGAUGAUUUCCAACGCAGAUAGUUACCCCACAUUCAUCGAAUGCAUCAUAACUGGUCAUGAGGUGUGGAUCUAUGAAUAUGACGUCGAAACCGCACAACAAUCGACCGAAUGGCGCUUCGAAGGCGAGCCGUUGUUCUAAAUUUUCAUCCAUUAUAAAAAUCGCCACACAAAAAUUUUUCAACUUAUUUGUAUAGACGCCAAACAAAAACUAAUCGUACGAUAUGCGUUAAAAUUUGACAGAAUGUGUAUAAAAGCGUUGCCAACGUUGAGAGAAUAAAAGUUUACUGAUUGGACAAGCGCGAGAAUUUUUAAAUGAAAAUUCCGGUUCUUUUUUAUCAUAAGGUACUUCCAGAAGAUCGUGUUGAUCGCGUCAGUUUAUUUGGUAUGUUGUAUUCGAGUUCUUCUGGAGUAUUAGUUGGAUAGUGAGUAUUUGAGCCAUAGUGGCGCCAGUAAAUUCCGCUUGGUGCAACCUUAUGAAUUCUUUCGACGGCAAAGGAUUUGGGAGAGUAACUCGUAGGUAGCGUUCAAGAAUGCGAUAGCGCGAUAUAGGACACACUACUCUUUCCAUUCAUACCUGCGGUAAGAUCUUCUUUACUAUUAGAAAUCAACCAGUCCAGCGCGAUAACCAGUGCCUCUCCUCCAUGUUUGAACAGCUCGUCUGGAAAUGUUUUUCCUCGGCUUUCCGCUGUUCGUAGCUCAUUACUCAAGAUUCGAAUACUUCUUAGAUCCUUCAUCUCUCCUCCCAUCUUUGCGGUGUUGUAUGUUGCUUCGAAAUACCAUUCAUCUGGAGGCAAUAAAGCUAACGCAUCGUUGGUCGUUUGAUACCGUUUCGGUCCGAUUAUCGGUCUGUACAUUGUCCGGUCUUCUUAAGUGUUCAUGUUGCAGAUGACGAGUUUCCAGCAGAGCGUAAAAAGCUUUCAAGUUUUGUUAUGUGUAGGUAGUGUGCGUUAAUGAUACUGCAAUUGAAGAAAUAAUCUACAGAAUCCCAAGUUGAUUGCCACCCACUGCUACGACAUCAUAACGGCGAGUUUGAAGCUCGUCCGAUCGCUCUCUGGAAUGCCAAGCAACUUGCAAAUCAAUGUGCCGAGUUGCAAUCGUAGUCCAUGUUUCGUGGUCCAGGUCGAAGUGGACUUUUUCAAGUCGUAUUUCUAUCUUGCUGUUCUGUAACUGUAACUGUUCUUUUCCGGGUGAUUUGUUAAGCCUGCAUCAAUCUCAUGUCUGACCAGUAUGAAUUUCUCUGUUGUUUGCUAAUGAACAUAACUGACACCUGCAAAGGGCAUUCUAUUCUACCUACGGUAAAGUUAUCCCACCCUAAUUCGCCCGCACCCUCUAACACGCAGUGCUAUUGGAAUUCGAAAGCGCGACAACUGUUUUUAAAAAAGAAUUCCGCUCGCUUCGCUCAAUUCCUUUGUUUGUUUCAUAGACUUCAACCUCGUCAUGAUAUGAAGAAACAUCGCAAAUAUACUGAAAAACAAUUUCAAAAGUUACUCGUUAUUGGAGUACUUUCGCUGCCUUAGAUUAGUGAGAAUUGGUGAUAUGUAUCCACAGCGGAAGUUCUCAAGGCAGUCUUAUCAUCAUCUUUGAUUUUUUUACAGGAUUCAGUAUGAUGCAGGCCCGCUUUCACAGAAGGCAGUGGAAGCACCUGACCCCGGGUCCACGCUCUUAGGGGACUCUUGACGGGUUCAACCGAGCAAAAAGGUCAUUCAGUUAGUUAGGGGCAAACAAAUAAAUCUUGCUCCCUGGUCCAUUAAUACAUAAAAACGAUACUGGUAUGAUGCCAUCUUUCUUCGAGGGCAACGUGAUGAUGUCAGAUCACCACGUUAGGGCCAAAAAUUGAAAUUCAAUGAACAGAUAGUGAAAAAUCGUUUAAUGGAACGUCUUCAAUUAACAAUGAACGUUAAUAAAACAGUUCUGAGUUAAAAUCACCAAUAGUUGUUAGUUACAGGUAAUUAAUUUAGUUUCAAGGAAUUCCUAAACCCUUCCGAAGAACGACCGAAACGGUUAAAUCCGGGAAAUAUGAUAAUAAUACUAAUAAUUCUGAAAUCGUGAAAACACCCCUCAUCGCGAGUGUCUUUAAUACAUCGCGAGUGUCUUUACUAAGUACACGAUAGUAAAAAGAACUGAAACCGAAGGUGAAAUAAGUUUCGUGGAUCUUUUCUUUGUUGUAUAUGUACAGCGCUUGGUUGGAUAUUGCCUUCCUAGAUGCGUUUUAUAGCAUCUUCAGAGUCGUUCAUGCGACAGAGCUGAUUCACGAUCAAAGUUAGCAGCGGUUUGAAACAACUCCUCUUUUGCCUGGUUGGUUACCUCACUUGAGAUGUCACCGAAUGAUGGCACAACAACUUAGGCUAUAUUGACAGUUAAUUUUCGUUUAUAGUCUAAUGGAUUUUCUUUUCAUUGCAAUAUCAAUAAAAACCUCGCUGUGUAGCAACACGACACGACGUGCUCACUCGUUGAGUGUUUCAUCGGAAGUGAACUCCCUUUCCUUAAUCUAUGUUUUAUUUUGUAUUUGCUAAAUAAUCGAAGUCGUUGACGAUUAGACGUUAAGGUUCUACUUACAAUCCUAGGAUCUUGUUAAAUGAUAAGUUUAUUCAGAAAAAUGUACUAAAUAAACUGAUAUUUUUCUUUUGAAUUUCUGCUCAUCGACAGCGAAGAAUUCUUCUUUUGCGUUCUGCAACAAUGGUUUUUCUUAAGAUUGUGAAUUGCCAUUAGCUAAAAAAUUGUCGGUUGAUUUUAGGAAUUUAAAAAAUUCAAACUGAAAAUUCUACUUCGAAGACAAACGUUGGCUAUUGAGAAAUAUUGUCGUAAAUUUCUUAAAUCUCCCUAAAACCCAUGAAUGUGAUUGAUUUAUGAAAGGCUACCUAUUAUACAGAUUCGAGAAAACUUCGUUUUUGCAUCUUGGAACAAUAAAAAAAUGAGAUUAUCUGUGAGGUGCAAAGGCAUGCAGGGACAUCAUUCGUCACUUAUGCUAUAAAAUUAAACUAUUUGAUACUAUGUUUAAACUCGUUUGUCCUAGAUCCCAACUUUGUGUAUAUAUUUUUGAUUCCAUUUUUUGCUAUAAAACAGUUCGCACAUCAGAAAAAUGAUAGCUUGAAACGACUAAGAUUACAGAUACAUUCGAACAUCCAGGUGAAUGAAAUGUGCAGAGAAAGGGAUUCAAACUGGAACAUACUUUGAUUUAACAAGAGCAAACAAAGUUACUCGCAUUUCUCCUUAUAAUUAUUUAAUGGUGCCACAACAGUGUAAUUACAAUACAACUAACAUAGUAUAUAACGAAAAGAGAAAAAAAAACUGCGAAACAAUUUUGAUUGUUUCCUAUUGUUUUACACCAACACAGAGAUUAUAGUUUUUAGCUUCUAUUUGUGAUAUUUUUGUGAUUACAUAUAAAAGCCAGCAGCAGAAAUAUGUUAAACAAAAUUGUAACUUAGGAUAAUUGUCAAUAAAUAGUGUAAUUAUACUAGGGAAAACAAUCAAUCAUAGAAUAGUUCAACGAAUACGACGGUAUAAGUGUAAAAUUCUAUAUUUUAAAUGUACAACUCUGAAACUGAGAAUAAUCAUUA